AAGAAAGAACAGAACAAACACCGGUCUCUGAGUGAGUUUUACACUUUUACUUUAUCCUUAGCAGCAUGUCGCCGUGGCAGUUGCAUGGCAAUCUUCGCCGCAUGUUCACGACAUCAUCGGCCUCUGCCUCUGCCUCUGCCAUCAUCACGUCUUUUCUAAGAGAUCUCUCCAAUGAGCGCGACCUCGACCGCCUCGUUCAUUCCUUCGAGCAAGCUUCCCAAUCGGAUCGUUUCCGAAGCAAACACCGUAUUUACGAGCGCACCGUUCGCCGCCUCGCUCUCGCUAAGCGCUUCCAAUCCAUCGAGGACAUCCUCGAACACCAGAAGACCUUCAAAGACAUCUCCAAGGAAGGCUUCUCCGCCCGCCUUAUCACCCUCUAUGGCAAGUCCGGCAUGGUGCAGAAUGCGCAUAAAGUGUUCGAUGAAAUGCCUCAAAGGAACUGUCCCCGUACCGUGCUCUCUCUUAAUGCCCUUUUGGCUUCUUAUUUGCAUUCCAACGUGUUUGACAUGGUACCUACCCUUUUCAACCACUUGCCUACACAGCUUUCCGUGGAGCCCAAUUUGGUGACUUACAAUACUGUGAUCAAGGCUUUUUGCGAAAUGGGUUCUUUUGAUUCUGCAAGUUCCAUGCUUGAUGACAUGGAACUUAAGGGUGUGAAGCCUGAUGUGAUAACCUUCAAUACACUCCUGGAUGGAUUGUAUUCAAAUGGUCGUUUUGAGGAUGGUGAGAAAAUUUGGAAACGAAUGGAGGAUGAACAUGUUGCUCCUGAUGUUCAGAGCUACAAUGCUAAGUUAGUGGGAAUGUGUGUUGAGAAAAGAAGUGGUGAUGCUGUUGUCGUGGUCAUUGCUCUGCACAAGUUUCUUUAAGCUAGUCCAUGAUCUUUUCCGUUUUUUGCUUGCUGUGCCCUGAGUUUUCGAUGCUUCUGAUUUAAC